GUGGUGCAAUAUCCUCGCAGCAAACAUGUCCUUUUCAAUCUCCUGUAUCUUUCUUGCCUAUGGAACUUCCCAACCUCUUCCCGAUGCCUAAAUCCAUCUAAAUCCGCCGCCAAACCACUCUCCCCCUCUUGAUCCUCCAAGUUUCCCCCCUCCUUGCCGCCCAAAAUGUCCGGCAUCGUCGAUCCCGCAACGGGCCAACCCCUUCCCGCCGACGCCAUCCAGCGCGUCCUCUACGUGUGCCAUCCGGUCCACGUCUACGCAAUUCCGCCUUUAAUGUCCAUGAAGGGCUACACUGCCGCCGACUGGACCACUCCCGACCCCCGCAACGACGGCAAAACAAAGGAGAUAUUCACCGCGCGUCUGCGCAUUCUCGAAACCGCUAUCCCCGUCCCCGCCAGUCCGCUCGUCAGGUCCGGACGACCGGCCACCAGUGCAGAAGAGCCGCAGGAAAAAGUGAAAACGGACAUAUUGCUGGAGGAUGUGAGCACCGGGGAUCUAUUCGCCGCUGCACCGUACACCGACGCCGGCGUCGUCGAGCACGUCAUUGAUUCGUCGCGAUUUUUCGCCUUACGCGUCGUUGGAGAAGGCAGGAAGGCGAUGUUGGGGAUUGGGUUUCAAGAUCGGAGCGAAGCGUUUGAUUUUGGCGUUUCGCUGCAGGAGGCGAGGAAGGUUCUGGGUUUUAAGCCCGUCGAUGGGGAUAAGAAUGUCGAGUCUCAGAAGGGCCCGAUGCUCUCCCAUGCUGCGGUUGGGAGGAGGCCCGGGGUUGCUCCGCCGAGAGGUAGGGUGUGUAUGUCGCCUGGGAUAAGGCAGCAGCCGCCAAAGCCUCAAACGUCUCCAAGGCCUGUCGACACCAAACCCAAGGAUUACAGUUUGAAACCGGGACAGACUAUCACUGUCGACAUGGGCGAUCGGCAACGGCCUGAACGGCCAUUUGCUGGCUCCCGACUUUCAGAUACUCCUACUCAAGAAGAUCAGAAGGCCCCCUUUCCUAUCCCCCCGCCUCCUCCUCCUGCUGCUGCUGCUGGUGCUGCAUCUUCCGGUAAUGGCCUUGACCAAAGCUCGUUCUUUAUUCCUCCACCCCCUGCAGCGAGAGACAGCCGGACGGAUCGACGCAGGAGACCGCUAUCAACUUUGGAACCCACCACGCAAGUCACCGAGCAGAAACACAGUCCUUCAGGAUUUGAUGACGAUGAGGAUUUUGGAGAAUUCCAAUGAUUCGCUACUGUCUUUGAUACAUUCUUAAAAACUACCCAUGUAUAGAUCGUUUGGUAUCCCUUUUGUGAUGUGUAUGGAGGUCGUCUCAUUCAGGGGGGCAGAGAGAGACAAGAGCAUUGAUUGGCGAACCUCUUUUUUUCGGCGGGGGCGAAAUUGCAGUUGUGCAUACAAAUACAUACACAUAGUAUGGCUAAGGGCAUUUUUUACCGAAGAAAUUGGUGCAAGCUAUGAUUGGUAUUCUUUGGGUGAUAUGUACACAUAUUGGCCACCACUUUUGUAAAUGCAGAGAUGAAUGUAGUAUGAUAAGAUUUAUCACAUAAAGCCCAUCACCUCAAAUCCCCCGACAGUUUCGAACACAUAGCUCAGUGUCCGGCAUCGUGCAAUGCUCAUUAGGACUGGGUGAAUGCCAACACUUCUCCACAUCAG